AUGUUUGUGGACGAUCUGAAGACGGCGCGGAACAUCAGUUUGGCACUGCUGCUCUGCACCAUCCAGCUCAUCGUGAUCGCCGCGUUCGGAGCAAGUGAGUUGCGGUAGUCUCGGACGGGUGGUCCGUUCGUUGGCGUGACGGUGAACGUGUACUUGCAGGAUGGACGUCCGGCAACAACGGGCUGUACACCCUGCUCGGACUCUACAAACUUCCGGGCGUCUCCCCGCCCUACUCGACCAUCAUCCCCUAUCCGUCGUACGCCCCGUGGUGGUACGGGCUCACGGCGAUCCUCAUGUACCUCGUGCUGGUCCUUUCGUUCCUCUACAUCCUCUGGACAAUCGCACAAAUGUAAAUCCAGAGCUGAGCAAAAGGCCUCGACUUUUGACCCACAUGCAAUUAUCUAAUCGGGCCCAAACCUUGCAGGCCUCUUGGACUUGGAUUGGAUUAUAUUGGGUCUACGUUUCAGACAUAUCGGAUUGUCCGGUCCUGAGAUAUAAGGGUUUUUGCGAAAAGUGCGAUCUUUUCGGCUCACAUCCACACAUCUCGGGACCAGAUAAUACGAUCGGUCUGAAAUUUGGACUCAAAAUACUUCAACCCAAGUCCGAGAAGCCUGCAAAGUUUGGGACCGAUCGGAUAAGUACAACUGGGCCAAAAACGUCCAGAUAUUUGAAAAGCCUGGGCGAACUCUGAAUUCAAGAGCGCAUUGCAGAGCGCUUCCGAGUCGCAUCACGAUAGAUCUCAAAAUGAUAGUUUUCAUCGAUGUCGUCUUUGCCGGAAUCAUCACAAUAAUGCUGCUCUUCGCCUAUUGCUUCUUCGCCGGAGGAUUCGGAGGAACGCCUUAUAAGGGAUUGGUGAGUUACGCGCAAAGGGACAUGGCCUAACGUGUUUUUGUGAAAAAUUCAUAAUUUUGCGCUCAAGUUAAUCCAAAACGGGCGGAAUUUAUUGAGAAAUUAGUCCGAAAUGAUCGAUUAAAGUUUGAAACCGAAAAUUCUUGAAUUUCAGAAUUUUCGCUGUUCGAGAACUUACAAAAACUGUUUUUUCGAAAGAUUACCGAAAACUUUAAUUUGCAGGGCUACGGCUACUGCUUCUGGCUGGCCGUCGUCUCUUCGCUCGCCUCCUUCUCCGUCGUCGUCAUUUCGGGUCUGAGUUGGUUCAGAAACUAG